CGGAGGCCGCGUGCCCGCUGGCUGAGCUGGCGCUGGAUCUGUUGGCGGUGGCGUUUGGCGGCGCCGCUCCGUGGUUGCAGGCGGACAGCCUCCACCGAUUCCUGCACGCCAUCGCCGGCAGCCUCAUCCAGAGGUGGGUGGAGGGCGUGGUGGAUCGCCUCACCUGCCGCUCCCAGUGGGUGCUCUACCUCCGGGCCCUGCAGGAGGCCCUGUGGCCCGGCGGGGGUCGUGCGGCCCACCCGGGGCGCCAGGCCCCCCGGCGUCCCCGGUGCCGAGGGCCGGCCCCCGCCCACCGGCGGCGCCGGCGGCACCGGCGGCACCGGCGGCGCCGGCGGCGCCGGCGGCACCGGCGGCACCGGCGAUCUGCCCAAGGCGGCGCGGACGGCACGCGAGAAGGCGGAGGCACGGACGCAGGCCCUGGGCUGCCUGGUGGGCGUCGCUCCAGGGCUUGCCGUGUGGCUCAUCGGCCCGGCGAAGUACAGGGAAUGCUGGGAAAUGAUUGUCGACUCCUUUCAGGACCCCACCAUCAACAGGCACGUGGUGUACAGUCUGUGGGACCUCUGCCUGGAGCUCCUCUACCCAGAGAUGUCCGAGCCGGAGUUCCACAGGAAGCUGCUACGUGACAUCUGCUGAAGGGGGCAAGCGAACGAUGGUACGGUCCGAGCGCUGGGGCCCGCCGGAUGGAGCAUUCCAUUUUUGUUUGCGACUUCAGAGGGGGUGGGGUGGGGGGGGAGGUUUGAUUCAAUCUUGACCUGACUGCAAGAAAUUCAUUUUCUUUGGGUCUUUCUCUGAAGUCACGUAGAUAGGUUUGGUUCGGUAUAACAUUCCUUGGAGGCGGGGGGGGGGGGGGAGGGUGGGUGGACGACAUCCCGUUAAAAUUGAAGUUUAAAGUAUAAAAAAAUAUAUAUAUAUAACAAGAGGCGCCACCGGUUCGUUUUAAAAAAAAGAAUACGUGCAAUCGGGUUUGCGUGUUGUGCUGAAUUUAAGUAAGUCGUUGUUUUCGUUUUAGCCGUGCAAGUGUGCAAUAGUUUCGUCGUUCCGUCCACCACCCUACAACCCCCCCCCCCACUCCGCUUGAGACGCGGAGACUUUUUAGCUGAUCAAGUCCGCGACACUUUGGUUAUGUUUUAAAUCGUGGCGUGCUCUGAUCGGUCGGUCCCUAUUUAUGGGGUUGAUUUGUUUUUGUUUAGCCCUCUCUCUCUCCCUUCUCUCUUUCUCUCCUCUCUCUCUCCCCUCUCUCUC